GUCACUUGUUUCUUGAAUGCUUCUUUUCCGUCGUCUGCUCUCUCUUGAACUGCACUUGUUUGGAAAGAAAUAUUUUAAGCUUGUUGUAAUUACGUCACUUGUUUUAAUUAGGAAAUGCCCACCCCUAGGGUUAUUUUAUCCGAAGCAAUGGCGCUAGAAGUAGGAGGUAAAGAACCCUGGCCUUCAGAUGUUAAACUAUACCAACCCUAUGAAGUGGAGCAAAUUCUGCUUCCAGACAAUGCUAACUGUCUGGCUACUCAAGCAUUUUUGAAGAUGUCAAAGCUGCAGUAUACCGUUGAACCACGAAGUAAUGCAGAAUUUAUGUCACCAUCAGGAAAAGUACCUUUCAUACAAUGUGGAGCCUUUGUAGUGUCUGAACUGGAGCCCAUUGUAUCGUUUGUUGCAAGUAAAGGAGUCAGCCUUACUAAUGAUUUAGACAAUGGAGAGAAGGCAGAUAUGAGAGCAUAUAUGUCUCUCAUUAGUAAUGUCCUUGCUACUGCAGAACUUUUUAUCACAUGGUGUGAUGCACAAACGUACAAACAGGUUACUAAACCUAGGUAUGGAUCUGUAUUCCCUUGGCCUCUGAAUCAUCUACUAUGUUGGCAAAAGAGAAGUUCAGUUACAAAAAGAUUACAUGUUUUGGGUUGGGCCAAUAAAACACUCGACGAUGUAUUUCAUGAAGUUGACCAGUGUUGCCAGGCCCUAUCAGAGAGACUUGGGCCUAAGAACUACUUUUUUGGAGACAAGCCUACGGAAUUAGAUGCCUUGGUUUUCGGUCACCUUUUCACAGUUCUGACAACUCCUCUGCCUAAUAACAAGCUGGCUGCAACCAUCAGGGGUUACCGUACACUAGUCGACUUAUGUAAGCGAAUUGAGCAUGAGUAUUUUGAGCUUCCCACCAGUACAUGAUCUGAUAGAAUCACUUACUAUAUUCAAAUUUAGAGACAAUAAGUAGUUUUGAGAGAACAAGGCUCAUUCUGUCUCAUAAACAACAAUAUUAAUGAACCACUAAUAGCAUUAAAUUAGCAAUAAAGUAUACAAACUAUUGUUUUAGUUGACCGUGAUUGUUAUGUUAUCUUGUAAUAAAUUUUACUUUCAUGAG